UGCUUUCUAAAGCUGUCCCCGACCCCGAGGCGUUCUAUGCCAACUUUGACAAUUAACUCUUUAUAAAUAACUCACACAAACUAAUUGAAGUUUCAGUUCUUUUGUUCCUCACAUUAAGAUCAGCGCAGCUAGCACAAGCUAUUCCUAAAAUGAAGUUACUUGGUUGGAUGCAUCGAAAAUUUCGACAAAAUAGCAGCGAACCACUAAAGGAUUUUUCUGUAGGGAAUCCUUGUACUUGUCUUACUGGGCAGCCAUCACUUGAUGAUAUACAAUGCUACCCGAAAUCUAAUUUUUACAAUAAGUCGUUGAGCAAAGCCCAAAGAGAAAAUCACCUGAGAAAAUCUUUUGCUGGUCUAGAAGCAGCAACAAGGGGGGCAGAUCACGACGAUUUCGAAGAAGAGUCGUCAUCCGCUGCUCUUUCUGAGCUCUUCCAUGGAUUCCUUGCAAUUGGUACACUUGGUACUGACCCCCUUCUUGAUGAUCCCUCGACACCAACAUUUUCCAUCUCUGUGGAAAAUAUUGCUGAAAAGGACACUGAAGUGACAGAAAAUGAACUGAAGCUGAUCAAUGAUGAAUUGGAGAAAGUGCUGGGAGCUGAAGCUAAAGAUGAUGGUUGUAAUCUUUCUUCAGGAAGAAACAGCUAUGUUAGCACUGGGAGAAGCAGCCAUGGUAGCACCAUUACACUAAGUGGCAAGCAAUUUGAAAGUAGUGAGAGCAAUGGAAAUGGAACAACAGUCUGUCCACUUCAAGGCUAUCUCUUUGGAUCAACUGUUGGAUGGCCAGAGACAACUCCCGCUUCUGCUAAGAAAGAACAUAGGCCUUCACUUGGUGAGCUCUUUCAGAAAACUAAACUAGCAGAAGAAAACUAUGGAGCUAAAUAUGAGAAGCGAACAGAUAAGGAUUCUGAUAAAUCUGCGGUGCACCUCAUGAAAAAAAUACUCAAGAAAAAGAUGCUUCAUGCUUCCUCCCGGAACUCAGUAGCUUCUGGGGGAACUGUUGAUUCAGUGUCAUCAGCAGAGACAAAACCCCAUAAGAUCCUACAAAUGUUCCACAGAAAAGUCCAUCCUGAGAGCUCAAUAGCAUCAUCACAGAAGCCUGACAAGUCCUCAAAAAAUGAGCGACCACAUGAUCGUGGAGGACUAUCACUUGACCAUGAUGAUAUCACGAUUAUCCCUCACCAUCGCCUCUCAAAGGCCAGCAUCAAGGUCCUCAAGGGUCACUCUAACAUGCAACAGUUCACACUAGAUGGUGAUUUAAACGAGAACCGAGAAUGCUGGAUCAAAACUGAUGCAGAUUACCUGGUGCUGGAGCUCUAAAAUGACAAAGCAGCUCAUAUUGUAAGAUACGUUUGCUUCUUCAAAAUCCAUGUACUGCCGCAUUGUUGGAAUGGUUAUGUCAUGAUGAGAUUGUCAGAGAAGAAUAAAAGAGGGUGUGUUCCUCUAAACAUAUGUGUGUGAGAUGCAUGUAAAACUUGAGAUGUAUUAGCUAAAAUUGUUCUGUGCUAAAGAUUUAAGUAUUAAUGUUAAUCGUCAAUCAAUUACAGCA